GGUACUAGCUGCUUCCUGCGCUGGGUACGAAACCUAGAUGAUGAGCUUCAUGCACUUGUAGCUGGAUGUCUAGCAGGAAUCUCUAUGAUGUUUUACAAAAGUACUACUAUCUCUAUGUAUCUGGCAUCCAAAUUAGUAGAGACCUUAUACUUCAAAGGAAUUGAAGCAGGGAAGGUUCCCUAUUUUCCUCAUGCAGACAGCAUCAUCUAUGCCAUUUCUACAUCGAUAUGCUUUCAGGCAGCUGUCAUGGAAGUGCAGCACCUGAGACCGUCAUACUGGAAAUUUCUUUUACGACUAACGAAGGGCAGGUUUGCUCUCAUGAACAGGAAAGUUUUAGAUGUAUUUGGUACUGAAGCAUCUAAGAACUUCAAGGAUUUCACACCUAGGCUUGACCCAAGAUACACAGUGGUACCACCAGAGCUACCAAUGGAGCUGUCUUGAAAACAAUAGUGUGACCUGUCGUUGAAUGUGAUCAGCAUUUUGUUCUGAAAAGUUAAUUAACUUAACGGUCAUAUAUAUGGAGGAGGCCUUGGGCUCCACUUCAGUAUUAUUUCAAUGAGAAAUGCUUUUUACCAAUCAAAAAUACUGAAGCUUUGCAGGAAGAUGUGGCUUAGUGAUUAAGCCCCUUUCGUACACAGGAAAUAUUUCUGGAUUACUGUAGUUGGCCGACAGUAUGGUAGGUUCCUGAAUGAAUUAAACAAAUGAGUAAUAUAUUUAGAGAAGUAAAACAUAAAUAUGCAUAAUAAUAGCAAAAAUUCUGUAGUUCAUGGCAAUAGAAUAUUUCUUGGUAAAACUAGAAGGAAUUCUACAUUUACAAAGGAAGACAAGUGGCAUAGUUUAGAUCCAAAUUUUUACCUGAUCUUCAAACUGUUGCGGUCGGGUGCAAA